AGGGGAACUAGCGGUGAAAAAAGCGAAAUUCUCGCUGAGAGGAGCAGAAAUCCUCCGAGUGGCGCGUUGUUUUCAGUGAUGUAGAGAAAAAGGACUGAGUUGCUCUUUAAUAAAACAGCAGGACCCAUGACCCUGACACGAGGUUCCUUCAGCUACUCCAACGGCGAGGAGUACCACGGCGAAUGGAAAGAAGGUCUGCGUCAUGGUCUGGGACAGCUGAACUUCAGCGACGGGACGUGCUACACCGGGCAGUUUGAGAACGGCCUCUUCAACGGCUGCGGGGUGCUGGUCUUCCCCGACAGCUCCAGGUAUGAAGGGGAAUUUGUGCAGGGCAAAUUUCAAGGCGCCGGCGUCUUCACUCGCUUCGACGGGAUGAGGUUCGAGGGCGAGUUUAAAGGCGGGUGCGUGGACGGCUCAGGAGUGCUGACGUUCUCGGGCGGCGGCGGCAGCCAUGAGGGCCUGUUUGAGACCAACCAGCUGAUGAGGAGGGAGAACAGCGAGGGGGCCGUGCAGAGAGCGCAGGCAGCAGCCGCCAAGGCCCGAGCUCUGGCCAUGUGACCCGGACUACAUCACCCACAGUGCCCCACUUCCAGGAUCCCCCUCCUCUUGGUUAGAAGGGCUGAUUUUGUUAUUUAUGGAGAGAUUGGUUGUAUUGUUUUCUUCGGUUUCCAUCUCAUGUCAGUAAGAUUUUGCUCUUUUUCUGUAACAUCCUGUAUUAUCUGGAGUACAAAUCUAUGGCUCCAGUGUCAGUUCUGCAAUUUUGUUUUUUUUGGCGUCCCAUCAGAAAGCCACUGAUUCAGGAUCAGCUGAGGUCAAAUCCAGAUUAACUGCUCAGUCAACACUAUGGUGCUAAUCCUGCCUCAGGCUCAUUUUAUCUGACAAAACACAACUCUGGAUUCAAAAGUGCAAAUGGAAAUUCCAGUAAACAUUGAUUUAAUGUUUUGUUUCGUUGUUUAAAUCUGGGUUUAAAUGAGAAUACAUUUUGACGUUCCUUAACCAAUCAAUGGAGACCACCCAAUGCGUCUGAAUCUAAAGUCAUAUUACGUCAACUAUGAUGCGUUGCCAAGCCAACGUACUGGUUUUGCUGGGGUUUAAAAGUGGAGCGGAGCAAAGUUAAAACCAACGAUACGAUGUUGGCCGAUAUUUAGACCGCUUAUUGUAUUGAGACCUCAGAAAUGUCACGUCACCGCGGUGGAGCGGCCGGACUCAAAGGUCUGGACCCGGGAAACAUUACAGCAAUUAGAGUUAAAAAGAAAU